AAUCUAAUCCACCUCAAAUACAUUUUCCACUACUACUUUUCUUGUCUUGUGCUGUAGAUAGACGUAGUGGCUUACGCAAAAAUCACAUUAGCAGACAACUUGUUACCGUAUUUUAAUUAAAAAAAAAAAAAAAAACUUGAUAAUAGGCAGAUGCCAUUUGUCAUAUCAUGGUCGUAGUAUGGAGUAUAAAAAUGUCCAAUUUUUGGUGCCUAUUUUGGGCGAGAAAGAAGACUAUGGGUUGGAAAGGAAUAUUGGGUUUUGAGUAUGGGAUAGUGCAGGCACCCCUGGGACCUGAUAUCUCAAGUCCACAUCUUGUUGCUGCUGUUGCUAAUUCUGGUGCUCUUGGUUUUCUCAGAGUCCCUGAUUGGGAAGAUCCUGAUUAUGUGAGAGAGCUCAUAAGGAAGACAAGAACCUUAACUAACAAACCAUUUGGGAUAGGUGUUAUUCUUGCAUUUCCUCAUAAGGAAAAUGUAAAAGCUAUACUGGAUGAGAAGGUUGCAGUACUGCAGCUAUAUUGGGGUGAAUGCUCAAAGGAGUUGGUUCUUGAAGCUCAUAAAGCUGGGGUCAAAGUUGUACCCCAAAUUGGCAGCUAUGAAGAAGCAAAGAGAGCUGCUGAUGCUGGUGUAGAUGCAAUUAUUGUCCAAGGUCGUGAAGCAGGAGGCCAUGUAAUUGGCCAGGAUGGCUUAAUCACCUUAUUGCCUAGAGUAGUCGAUCUUGUUCGUGGUCGUGACCUUGUAGUAAUUGCUGCUGGAGGAAUAGUGGAUGAACGAGGUUAUGUUGCUGCUCUGGCCCUUGGUGCACAAGGUGUUUCAUUAGGUACCAGGUUUCUUGCAACCGAGGAGAGCUAUGCUCACCCAACAUACAAGAGGAAGCUGAUUGAAUUUGAUCAAACAGAGUACACAGACAUAUUUGGUCGUGCUAGGUGGCCAGGGGCACCACAUCGUGUUCUGGCAACCCCGUUCUUCAUGGAAUGGAAGGAGCUCCCAAAUCACGAGAAUGAAUCAAAUCAACCUGUCAUUGGCCGCACUAUCAUACAUGGCAGGGAAAGAGAGGUUCGUCGCUUUGCUGGUACAGUUCCAAAUGCCACAACCACUGGAGAUAUAGAAAGCAUGGCGAUGUAUGCUGGUCAGAGCAUUGGUCUUAUCAAGGAAAUUCUACCCGCAGGUGAAGUGAUAAAUAGGAUUGUUGAAGGGGCUCAACGACUGAUUGAUCAACAAUUUGCGCCUGCGCAUUAAGUCAUCAGGACAGAACAACUAGGUACCAAAUUAUAAGGUUGUCAUUUCGGGCCUUUUGCUGGUUUGUAAGGUAUGAGAUGAACUGACCACACAUUAUGUGCCAAGAGUUCAUUCAAAUAAAAUUCAGAAAAGGAAAUACAAUAAGGAAAAGAAGAAAUUAUACAUGUAUAAAGAGUAUAGUGAUCAGUUAGAAAUAGGAGUAGCGUUUUACUACCCCUCCUUUUUUCCA